AUGGCUAAUAAACAGUCGGCGACCAUUGAGCAGCUUGCGGCCCGUCUCGGCCGCAUGGACGUGAACCAGCUCAUGGCGCACAAUGAGAAGGCCCUGCUGAAGAAAGGACUCAAGAAGAAGGAUGCGGUUGCUCCGACGGUGGCGCCCGGAACCCUGGGCAAUCAAGACAGCGUGUGGACGAACGUGUAUCCCGUCAGAGUACCCGACGGGAUCAAGGUCUUCUACUAUAAGAUCAAGGUGGAAGUUGGCGUCAAGCCGAAGUCUUGUGUGGAUCAGAGGUGGUUCGACAUUACCGCGGAUCGUAAACACGAGUAAGUUGCUUGGGAAGUUGAUUGGUUUUUCAUGAAAAUGCCGUCUUCUUCAAUUUUCUUCCAUUUUUAGAGUCGAUGCUCGCAAUUUGAUGAGGAUGGCUUACGAUGUUGUUCAGCACGUUGUGGCCACCAACCAUGAUGUGUUCCUGGACCCGAAGAAAGUCGCUUACGAUGGAAAGAAUAAUUUGUAUGCUUUUGGACAACAAUUGGAAAUCAGAGAUGGUGUAAGUUUCAUUUUUGGUUUUUUUUUGGUUUUUAGGUAAGAAUUAUGUUCUUGGAUCAACAAAAUAAAUCCCACGAUUUUUUCAGGACGUCACAAUUCUCGAAAUUGAAGCUGAAGACGACUUCAAGCCUAUGAGACGUCCCUACAAGUCGGCCAAGGUUACGAUUGAGACAUUACGUCGGUUCUCCAACCUGAGCGAUGCCAACGACCCCUAUGUUCAGGCCAUGAUUUUGUCGUUGGAUGCACUGACGAGUCAAGGCUUUAUGAAGUCGUUGGAUCAUGCGUUCUCCGCUCCGCAGACUGCUUAUCUUUUCGAGCCCCGAAAGUAUGGAUUUGACGCUAAAGAUCUAUCACUUCCGGCGCAAAGUGAGGUUGGAAUUGGGGGCCACAAGACCUGCAAAUUUGUGAGCGCUAACGGAAAACCAGUCUUGGGAGCCGUUUUGAAGGGUGAGUUUUGGUUUGGCAAUGAUUUUAUGCGGGUUGGAAGAGGAUAGCAUGGAAUUAUGAGAGGUUUGAGAUCUCCUUUUUACUCAUGGAGAAUAUAAUUUUUUGUUUUUUUCAGCCAAGAAGAGCCCGUUCUACGUCAAGAUGUGCAUCAUCGACAAGGUGCUCUCAGCUUGGCCAGAUAUUGUCGAUAAUCCGUUUGGUUACAUGGACGGCCUCAACGACAUGCUCACCGGUCUUGUGAUGGAAGGCAAGCACUGCAACCUCGCCUGGCCGCUUCAGAUCAAAUGUGUCAUAAGGGAGAGUGCCGCCGAGAAAUGCUUCACAAUGCCCGACAACUCGUUGGUUUCGGUUCAGGACUACUACAAGAACCAGUAUGGAAUCACGUUGCAGUAUCCUCAGCUGCCAUUGAUUGAGGUCGGAGCGCGUGGAAAGGAGAGUUCCUUCCAUCCCAUGGAGUUGUACUACAUCUGUGCGGCUCAACGUGUCAAGAAUCGCCAUUUGCACUAUUUGACGGCGGAUUUGAUCAAGGUAGGUUGAUUUUUUUUUGGUUUAGGUUUUUACUAGUCCUCCCGGAAAGUCGUCGGGCUGAUUUUUUUUCGUUUGCUCUAAAUUGCACAGUGCAAAGUGAACUUUUGUGUUCGCACAGUGCAAACGCCAAAAAUCAGUCCGGCGACAUGCACUGUGCGAGAUCAACUUUUUGGCGGUUGCACUGUGCGAAAAAGUCAGGGUGCGAGCGACAGCUCAAAAAAGCCUAUUGCACGGUGCAAAAAGCAAAUAAUUGCACAGUGCAAAGUGAACUUUUAUUUUCGCACAGUGCAAAGCGCCAAAAAUAAGUCCGGCGACAUGCACUGUGCGAAAUCAACUUUUUGGCGGUUGCACUGUGCGAAAAGGUCAGGGUGCGAGCGACGGCUCAAAAAAGCCUAUUGCACGGUGCAAAAAGCAAAUAAUUGCACAGUGCAAAGUGAACUUUCAUUUUCUCGUGUCGCCGAUUUUAGGCAUGCGCCCUGCUCCCUCGAGACGUCCAAAAUCAAUUGAGUUCCGUCCGCAAUUUGUUUUGCUUCGACGCCAACGAUCAAAUGAGGGAUCUCGGAAUCAGCAUUGAUGAAACCCCGGCUAAAGUAAGUUUCAUUUGUAGUUUGAAUAGUCUAAAGUGUCGUCAAAGAAUUAUCGAUCAUAUUUUUCAGGCUCCGGCAAGACGAAUUGCCGCUCCAGGCAUCAGCUAUCGCGGCCGAAUGCAAACCGUGGAUCCCGCGCAGAGCACCUGGAAGGGAGGCCCUUAUGUUUUGCCCCGAAACGAAGUCCGAUGGGCUCUCUACAGUGUGCAGGAGAGACCUGUUCUCCAGCAACAGGGCCUCAUCCAGUUCGGUCGACAGUUUCUUGAAGCUCUGCAAGGCAAGGGGGUGAAUAUUGGAGAGCCCGGAGAGUGUGUGUCCCACAGAUACGAAGGAAAUGAGACCUUUGAGAAGCUGAUCAAAAGAGCCAAGAAUGGAAAAUGCGAUAUGGUCAUGUUUGUCACCCAGAAAACGCUGAAAAUUCAAGGUGAGUCUAGUGUAAUAUAAGGUGGAGGAUUUUUUAUAUUUUUUGAUUUAAAUUAUUAUGUUUGUUCGUUUAGAUACGAUCAAACAAUGGGAGCAAACUUUGGACAUUAUCACUCAAAAUGUGACCGUUGACACCGCCCAGAACGCUGCUGGAAUCCGAGGCCCACCCAGAAGAUUGACCAUGGAGAACAUUGCCAACAAGUUUAAUGUGAAACUUGGCGGUCUCAACUACCGAGUCAUUGAUUCCCUUCAACGCAAAACUGUCGGAGAGAACGAUCUCUUCGUUGGAAUCACGCUUGGUCGCCCAUCGAUUGGGAUGUACGAGGCCAGAGAAUACAUGACCAACUUUGAUAUGGACGGAGCUCCAAAUGUGGUCGCUUUCAUGGCCAAUGACCUUGCGGACUCGCUGGCUUUCACUGGAGAUUACAUCUAUCAGCAUCCGAAGAUGCAGGAAGUGAACAUUGAGAAUGUUGAAAGGAUCGUAAGGGAAACUGUUGGAAGGUACGUCAAGAACCGCGGAAGAAAACCACAAAACGUCUGGAUCUUCCGUUAUGGUGUCAACGAGGGGAUGUACGAUGUGGUAAGUAGAUAUAUUCUGAUGUUUUGGUCCUUGUUUUAGUUGGGCUUGAGGUUGUUUUCACUCAUUUGACAAGGAAAGUACCUCUAUGAGGUAUGGAGUUACAGGUCGAGUCAUAUAUUAGCAUUUUCAUAAAGUGCAUGGACUUUUCGUCGCUCGCCGCACUGUGCAAGAAAAAGGUCGACUGCACAGUGCAAUUUGAUUUUUCAAACAAAAUCGCUGCGACACAAGCUUUUUUUCAUUGCGCCGCCGCGAAACUUGAGACAAUUGCACCGUGCAAAAACGUUUUGAAAAGGAUCGUGUCGCGCGAAGAAAGCGAUAUGCACAGUGCAAAAGUCCAUGCACUUUAUGAAAAUGCUAAUAUCAAAAAAAAGCGCAAAAUUUUUCUGAUUCAGAAUAUGUAAAAGUUAGGUGCCUAAUUUUGGUUUGUAAGGGUGAAAAAAUCCUCAGAAGUUUUUACGCAACACCACGCAAAUGCCUUUUUGACAAAGUUUUUUCCAAAUCAAAAGCUUUGUUUUGAGCUAAUGUUAACCGUUGACAAACCUUAAGAUUUCAAAUUUGAUUGAUACUACACCUUUUAAGGUAUUAAAAUUAGUAAUUCCAAUAUAAAAAAGGGGAAUUUGUGUGGUGUUUCGAGAAAAGUUCUGAGGAUUUUUUCACCCUGACAAACCAAAAUUAGGCAGCUAACUUUUACAUAUUUUGAAUCAGAAAAAUUUUAUGAUUUUUUUGAUAUAUGACUUGACCUGUAACUCCAUACCCCAUAGAAGUACUUUCCUCGCGAACUCAUUUUUGACAUUGUUUUAGAUUCUGUCGCAAGAGAUCCCCUUGAUUGAACAUGUCCUCAAGGAACUGGGGUGUGGAAAUCUGAUUUACAUUGCUUGCCUCAAGAAUCACGGUGUGGACUUUCUUUCCGGCAGAUACAACGGAAACAAACCCACCGAACAGAACCUUCCGUAUGGCGUUGUGAUUGAUAGAGUGAUCACCCAUCACAAGUAUGCCGAGUUCUACCUCCUCUCUCACACUGCUCGUCUCGGGACUGCCAAGGUCCCCAAGUACACAAUCCUCGCCAAUCAGCCCUCACUCAGCAUGGAUGAAAUCCAAAAUAUCACAUUCAGCUUGUGCUUUGCCCAUCAGAUUGUCACCACGUCCACGAGUUUGCCAACUCCCGUUUAUUGCGCUGAAGCCUUGGCUGAUCGUGCUAGAAGGAAUUGGAGCUCCUCGGCGAAGGCUGUUUUGUAAGUUCUGAGGAUUUUUUUAGGGGUUGUUGAGGCUUGGGUCUAGUGUAAUAUAAAAUUUUGGCUGAAAUGUGAAUAUUUUUGUUUUGAAAUGUUUUUUUGUCAUUUUAUGAUAGUUUUAGUCAAGAGGAGGGUAAAAUAACAUUGAUUUUUCUUAUUUUAUUACUUUUGUUUUCCAGGGAUCAAGCCGUCCAAGAAGGCCACGACGAGACGAAGGAUAUAUACGAAUAUGUGACCGAACAUUUGAGCCAUGAAACGCGCCCAGGCCUCCGAAAUGUCCGCUUCAACGCCUAA